UGACGAAGUAUAAUAAAUCCCGAUUCCGAGUACYCAACUACCGUGCGCAUGAGCAAUAAUUAAUAAGCGAAUAAAACAAUAUUUUGUUCAAUGUUCACGAUCGUGCGUUAUCGCAGACCGCAGUGAUAACGUAAUCGGCUAAUCGAUGUGGUAACGGCAGCCACUGGACGAGUUGCAACCGUGGUGGUGUUAAUCCGCCGUCGUCGUUGACAUCACAAAUGAUUUUCUAGUUGUCUAUAAUAUUAUACAAAUUUACAAUAAUUAUUGCGACGUCUGUUUGAUCGAYUGACACGUCUUGUUUCACAUUGCCUGCGUCCCGUCGCCAACAAACGAUUACUGGAUUUUAACUUUACCGAUCGUUGUAGUUGUUUCGUUCGCUAUUCACGGUGGUUGGUCGCUUUCCUCCUUCUUGGUGUCUUGAACUAUCGGUAAUCCAGAAGAGAGAUGGGUGCGGCCUAGCGUACUGUCGUUCUGUAUACUGGACUGUGGCAAUCAAGUGAUUUUGGGGUUGUAACUGUUAAUGUUUGUAACGGGAACCUUCUGCUGCUGUUAUUAACUUCGAUGAAUUUUAACUGUCGACCUAKGUGCUAUUACCUUAAUCAUCACUACUACUUCUACUACUUUUACUGAGUACCUUUAGGUGAUCCAGUUACAGUGUAUUUUUAGUAAACUAACGAGCAAUUGAACCGAAAUGGAAGGUGUUCCACGAUUGUAUAUGAUUGGCUUGCCAGCCAAACGGUGUGUUAACAACCAGACGCCUGAUUUUUCAUCUGCUUUAAAUCAUCAAAUACAAAAAUCAUAUGACCGAGAUCCCAGUUUGUAUUCAGCUGACAUAGACACAUUACUCGCACUUAGACAAUCUGCUGUUGACGUUGUGAUGUCAUCUGUUUGCACUGUAGAAGAGUGCACAGCAUUAAAACGUUAUUAUGCACACCUUGUUCGAUUAACGGAUAAGUUUCCUAAACUGAUAGAGCAACAAAGUAUUGGGCUAAAAGAAUCUUCUGAUGACAUAGAGGUUACAACAGCUAAAGAACCAAAACCACUGAUUUUUAAAUGGAAACGAGCUCUUGGUGGUAAAACAAACCUACAACAUCAAAUGAAAAACGAUAUAGACUCCACAGCAGUAGUAGAUAGCGGCAACAUUGGUUAUGAGAUGAGGUGUGUGUUGUACAAUAUAGGCGCAGCUUAUAGUCGAUUGGCUGCAGCGCAGGACAGGUCACCACCAUUAGUAUCUUCCAGUACGCCAACUACAAUUGAUGCAGAAAUUCCAUCAAACAAUGCCCUCAAGAUAGCUUGUACACACUUGCAGUGUGCUGCAUGGGCUUUUCAGCAAUUGCUUGGUGGUGAUGGUUCCAAUAAUGAACAAACAAAGUGGAACCAUCGGCAGCAGCCACAAGUUACAAGUCGUGCAGUUCUUGAAUUCGCAUACAAUGUGACAUUAGCACAAGCACAGGAGUGCAUACUGGAAAAAAGUAUGAUGGAUGGYCGAAAAUCUCUAAUAAUAGCUAAAGUAUCAGCUAUGAUAUGUGAGUAUUUUGCUGGAGCAGUGGAUGCAGUUCAAAGAGUAGAACGUGAACCUUAUUGUGUAAGCAGUAGCAGGCUUGAGAAGUGGCGACUAUACUCAGAAUUCAAGUGUCGAUAUUAUGGUGCUGUAACUGCCCUAUUCCAGGGUCAACAUGUCCAGGAUCAGCUGCAGCAAAUGGGGACCCGUGUGUCAUAUUACAGGCGAGCAGUGAAUCUAUUGGGUCGGGCUGGUUUGAUAUCAGAGAACGGUGGUAAGAUGGCAACUUCAAUGUCAAAAGAUGAAGAUUCGUCAGACGAUGACUACUACUAUUACUUACAAUCAGAGCAUGGACAUCAAGGUGCUGGUCAAUCUGCGGCUGCUAAAGAAUUGGAGAUGCGCCGAGACACUUUGUCGUUUGCAAUGGAUGUGGCUGCAGCAAAGUGGCGAGCAGCCAAGUCAGAAAAUGAGCUAAUCUAUCAUGAACCGGUGGUGCCUGUGCUGUCCGAUGAUGAUGAUAGUGAUUGUUUGGGAAAUACCUUAUCAAAAACCGGUGGUCAUCGCCAAUUGGAUAGAGUCAAAGGUGCAUCUCUGGUCAAGCCUAUGGCAUUUGGUGUUGAUGAUCCUGAGCUAUUAGCUGUUGUUUUGAUCACUAAUAAUAAGGAAUCACCUAGUGUUACUACUACUUCAUUAUUCAAGGAUCURGUGCCAACAGUUACCCGUCACCGAGCCGCAAUGUAUCGAACAGAAAAACGCAACCUUGAGGCAGAAAUGCAAUCAUUGUGCCAGAAAGCAGAUGACCAAUUGAUUGAAUUUUCUGACACAUUACACCUGGAAUGCUUAGAAAUGUAUGAAGGCGUAAAUCCUGAAUUCAGUGAUGGUGUUAAUGAGAAGAAUGAUGUGCCAGAACUCCCACAACAAUUAGUUAAUUGUUGUGCUGCUUACCAAGCCAUUUUGCAACAACGACAUGAAAACAACGGAACAUCAUCAUUUGCAGACGAUGAAGACCAGUUGGACAUUGACAUGGCUCGGCUAUCAUCUGCCGUGCAGGCUGUAGAUGGUAUGCUGGAUGAAAUAGACAGACUCCUAAAGACCGAAGAACUCGGUGACUCCGAAUAUCGUCGAACGGUAGGUCGUCCGUAUGAUUAUUCUGCUGGUCGGAUGCGUGAAUUACGCCGCGAAGCUUCCCGGUACAGGGAAGCACAUGUAGGCCGUGCACGGGACAGCUGGGUGACUCUGAGUCGAGCUGUCCGAGAUCGCCGUCGCCGGGACCUGGAGCUGCUAGCAUUGCCACCAGAUGAACUUGCUGCUCGCUUACCGCCUGCUCGUCCGGCAAUAUCUGUGAUUGCGUCUGAAGUUGCCGCCUCUGGUUCUGUUGAACCUUCUUAUGACGUAGCUGAGUCAUUGGAUCAAAACGAAGACUCGGAAUCGGACGACGGUAGUGAUAGUCGAUUACGGAUGUUGCAAAGAGAAUCAAUCAAACGUUUGGAUCGGCUAAAUAUGGUAGUCGGAAAAAUGAAAGAAGUGCGUGACCAGCGUCAAGCACUGUUAUCCCGGCUUCGAGACGAAAUGAACCGAGAAGAUAAGGACGCUGCAGCCGCAGGUCUUGAAGAUAUGGUAGGAGAUCURCGAGGAUCGGAAGUCGAUGUGACGAUGGCUCUGAAAAAAAAGUUGGAUGAUCGAUACGGAAAUUUGGUGAACAUGAUUGAUCAGAACCUGUCGGCUCAACUAAAAAUUUUGGACGCUGUGAGGUCGGCGUAUGCAAGAGCCGCACCUGAGCGGCGGGCAUUCGCUAAUGCCAUGCAACGGCGUCGGRCUGUAGUGUCAUCAUUACUAGACGCGUACGAAAGUUUUGCGGUAUCCAAUGGAGGGUCACCAUUAGAAACUUGUAAUGAAACCGUGGCGGCGUCACCGACCUGUGGACUACUUCCAGACGCAGUACUAGCUGAGCGGUGUGCAAAGGGUUUAGAUUUUUACCAGCGAUUGCUAACCAACGUUUCAAAAYUGUUACAACGUGUAAAAGGUACAUGUCAAGUACAGACUGAACAGCGAGAUCAGAUGAUAAAACAACACCAAAAGUGGGAAUCUACAACACAACAGACAGAUGACGAUCCAACUGCUACAAUUGGUGGUCUUGAUGAUUUACUUGCUGGUGUCUCGGGUAUUGACGACCAAGAUCACCAACAGGAAGACUUAGCCGCCUUGAUUGAGAGCUUCAGUAAUUGUGGUGGGCCUAAUAAGCCUGUUUUGCCUCUAGGGAGCAGUCACUGGGAUGAGCAGCAUAACCAUCAUCGUAGACUUUCACCGCUUGGAUCUGAACAGCAACAACAACAAAAACAAUAUUAUCAUCAGUACCGUCAUAAUCAAAUACAAUUGCCGUCGUCAUCCUCAUUUAACCCCAGCGAUGGUGGUAUUCCCUACUAUGAUGAUCAUUUACCUUCCACAAAAGAAAUUUACAAUCGUCACAACGACAGACAGCAACAGCCAGAACCAGUAAUAUCAACAAGUUAUCCGUAUGCAGCCACUUACAGCGUCACUGUUAGUACAACAGCACUUACGGUACCUGUAAAUUCUACUCCAUCACUCCCCUCUCCUUUAUCAUCAUCAUCAUCUACUCCAUAUAACUAUUACAAUUAUCAAUUACUCACGAAAAAAUCAUCAGAAAAUCCUACAUUAUCGUCAUCAUCAUACAACAACAUCAUAACUACAGGUGCUUCUAGUGAUAUUGACUUACCCAUGAAACCUAUGAUGAAUACUCUCCAUUUGAGUGAUAACAAUGGCAGUGGCCAAAACAUUAUUUCUUCGUAUAAUCAGAGUAUUGGUAAUGACGUUUUUCCAAAUGCCGCAGCAGCAGUUGCAAUUUUGCAACGGCCACUAUCUUCACAAUUCAGUGGUAGUGUUGGUUAUGGAUAUCACCAUCCUCAUGCAUUAUUAGAAUCGCGACAGCAGCAAUUUUAUUCAUCACAAAAGUACCAGAAACAAAUCUCAACCACCAACGCUGAUACGACAAGUGUUGUAGGAGUAUUUGCACCACAAAACCAACAGAAAAUGAUAGCGGGAGGUAGUGGUUUAUCUGCUGACAUAUCGCAGCCACAAUUUUCGAURUCUUCACCUUCGAUUUCAACAGCUACUGUUAACAGUUGUGGUUUAGCUGCAGUUGUGCGAUCGUCUUCUACCGCUGGUGUUGGCACAUCAACUGUUGGACAUUUUUACCAUCAAUUACCAUCACAACUUCAACAACAACAGCAGCAGCAACAACAACAACUUCAAAUUUACCAACAGCAUCUACAGGAACAGAAACCACAGCAACAGCAUUCACAACAACCUCAGUUGUACCAACAACAAUUUCAGCCUCAGUUAUAUCCACAGCAGCAGCCUCAACUGUACCAACAGCAACCACCUCAGAUGUAUCAACAUUUACAGCAACAGCCUCAUCAAUUGACAACCAAAUUAGGAAGUACCACUGGUAAUUUUUACUACCCUUCAGCGCUCCAGCAACAAACAUCCCAAUUGUAUCAACUACCACAACACCAGCAACAAGUUCUACUGCAACCAACGUCAACAUCUGCUGUAACUGCCAGUCUUCAUCAACCGUCAUUAUUGUCAAAUAACAGGGUUAGUGUGGGCAGUAGUUAUUAUCAACAACUCCAGCAUCAUUAUCCCCCAACAACAGUUAUAUCAGCAACUAACCUCAACUCAGUGCCAACUACCCUUAACAAUUACAUUUAUCAGCAGCCAUCAAUUGUCUUUAACCAACAUCAACAGCAGCAACAGUACUAUCAACAACAGCAUCCUAUUACUAGUGAUGGCAGCGGUGGCGGUGGUUGCUUGACCACUAUAACAUCGAAUGCCACUCCAAUCUUAAAUUUAUUGGACGAUGAUCUGUUAAUAUCAGGCCCACCACCGAUUCAACCAGAAAAAAUUAGUAUGAGUAGUGGCAAUGAUACAAUUACAACAUCAGGUACAAACAGUAAAAAGUGACUGACUGUUUGAGGAACAAAUAGUGAUGUUUAUAAUUUUAAAUGUUUAAACUUAUUACAGUACUUGUGUUACUUUUUUUAAAAUAUAUAUACGUGGGCGAAUGUGUCUGUUUUAUCAAUGUUCAUAAUAAUUAUGAUUAGAAAUGUUAAAAUCAGUCAUUGCCGCGCAUUGUGAUUUUUAUUAUUUUACAUAUAUUUCUAUUUUAUUCCAUUAUAAUUAUC